CUUUUUUUUUUUUCCUUCUUCUUUCACUUGUUGGAAGGACAACAACGCGCACACACGCAAGAUACGGCCACCUCAGCCAGCCAACAGACGCCAGAGCAGAUCAGCGAGGAUGGACGCAUGGAACGAGGAGCAUGUUGUGCAGUGGCUCAACAGGCACGGCUUUGCUGAGCUCAGCACGCAGUUUCGGGAAAACGACAUCAACGGCAUUGUCCUCAAGGACAUGGCAGAGGACACGCUGACGGAGCUUGAUGUCCCCGAUCACAUGCACGCCGACUUCCUCCUCAAGAGGGACACGGACCUGCACUUGGCGUCUGACCAGAUUGUGAUGGGCGCACCGCGUCGACGCAAGAAGCGCCGCCAGUUCAAGACGCCCGAGCCCGCAGCUGCGGAUGAUGCUGCAGACACUGCUGGCACGGCCGGCAUUGAUGAAGCCAACCCAACAGAACAACAAGACGAACAAGAUCAGCAGCAGCAAGACAAGGAGGGGCACGAGCAAGGGCGGGCGGAAGAGGAGUCAGCAGCACAAGACUCCCGUGAAGCACACCACGAUCAAGGUACAGGUCCAGAAGAAGCAACAGCAACAGCAGCGCAGCAGCAGCAGGGUGCCGGGGGCAAGGAGGAAGACCAAGAGGGCAAUGGGGAAGAGAGCAGUGGUACUGUCACGAACAGCGGCGUGAAUCCGAUCAGCAAACCAACACGGCGGCGACAACGCUUCAAGCCAGCAGCGAUCUCCAAGGACGCCAGCAGCGGCAAUGACAUCAACGGUGGUGAUGGUGGUGCCGUUGGUGAGGGUGACGAUGGCAGCAGCAGCAAGGGCAAGGGAACGGGUAAGGGCACCGACAAAUGCGACGAUGCUGGUGCCACUGGCGAAGAGGGGGAGAAGGCAGCGCCACAAGAAACAGCGGACGCAACGGCUGCCACCGCCCUCGAAGGGAGGGCCGGCAGCACGAAGGCACCGCAGGAAACAAAGAAGAAGGAGGACGCAGGUGAUGUGGGCGACAGCAGCACAGCAGCCGGCACGACAAGCAAGAAGACUGCCACCGAGGGCGCAGCUCACAAGACAUCAAGCGGCGACAAGGCAGCAAAGCCGCGCGCUGCACCUGCCCGCCCUGCGCCACCGGCAAAUCUCCCGACACGGCCGCCGCCACCACCAGCGGGGGCGCGUGCACGUGCAGCCACGUCGGCGCUGGCGUCGUCGAAAGGAAAAGGCAAACAGACCACCACCACCAAGUCGCCACCAGCACCAGCAUCGUCAUCAUCAUCAUCAUCAUCAUCAUUAUCAGCAGCAGCACCAGCAGCAGCAGCAGCCGGGACAGGGAAGACUGUUCGCAGCGGCACCACCGCUGCCUCUCUGCGUUCGAUGUCACACAAGACAGCGCCGCCCAAGCCAUCAUCAUCAUCAUCAUCACCACCAACACCAGCACCAGCACCAGCACCAGCAUCCUCGUCAUCAUCAUCAUCAAUGCGACGUGGCAAGGGCGGUGGCACCCGACCUGAGAUCACCAUUGUGGGCGCAAAGCCAAUUUCGGGCGACUUUAAGAAGAUGGGGGCUGGCCCUUCGUCUGCCAAGUCCCCUGGCGGCUCGCGUCCUGAGAUCACAAUCAUGUCUGCCCGCCCGCUCGAUGCAGCCACCUUCAAAUCGGGUGCAGCAAAAGCCAAACCGCCCGUGCCGCGCGGGCGAAGCAAAGAGGACACACGCAACAACAGCGACAGCAGCGACAACUACUCUGACGACGAUGAAGCCGAUGAUGGAAAUGGUGGCAACGGUGGCGCGAGUGUCGACGUGCAGCCCACGCCCCCGAAACGCAUUCAUCUCUCGAACGAACAGCGCCUGCUCAUCCUUCAGGUACAGUGA